CUGUUUUUGGCGCUGGUUGGAGUCGCUAUCUGUGAAGAAGCAGCCUCCUCCAACGAGGGGGAACGUGACAAGAAGGAGGUGGCAUCAGCCAUCGCCCCAGGCACCGGCUACCCUUACGCCAGUCAUGCCGGAGCAUACCCAGCCUUUGGAGCAGCUGGUUACAACGCAGCUGCCUACAAGGGCGCCUUCCCCUACUCUGCCUCUGCUGCCUACCCCUACUCCGCUGGAGCUUACCCCCACUCUGCUGCAGCUUACCCCUACUCUGCUGGAGCUUACUCUGCUGGAGCCUACCCCUACUCUGCUGCUGGAGCCUACCCCCACUCUGCUGGAGCUUACUCUGCUGGAGCCUACCCCUACUCCGCUGGAGCUUACCCCUACUCCGCUACCGCUUACCAGGGUUUGAACGCUGCCAAAUACCCCUACUCUGCUCUCCAUGCUAACAGUGCCUACCCCUACUCUGCCGUGGCUUCCUACCCUGGAUACAAGGCUGGAGCAUACCCUGCUGCUGGAGCCUACCCCUACUCUGCUACCGGAAUCCAUGGAGCUGCUUACCCCACCGCUGGAGCUUACCCCUAUUCCGCUGGAGCUUACCCCUACUCAACUGGAGCCGCUGCCAUCAACCCUGCCUACUCAGCAUACAAGAACGCUUUCUAUGGAGGUUACAAGGGAGCUGCAGCUACUGCCUAUCAUGCUGACGAUGGCAAAUACUUUCCCGCCAAAUACGAAUCAGCUUUCCCCGCCGCAGGAUUCGCAGGCUACCCCGGAUAUUCGGCAGUUGCCCCUCAGGCCUACGCUGGUGCACCAAUUGUCACCAAGGCUUAAUUCAUGCUAACCCAACAUCUGGUGACAAACGGGGAUGGUUGACACUUUGGUCCAAUGCCACUUCAACUUCAUAGACAAUUAUUAUUGAUAUUCUCAAAUUUUUUAGUCCAAUACUACCUUCUUCCUAGACAAUAAUUAUUGUGCAGAUGCUCAAAUAUCAUGACAAUGACUAAUUCUUAUACUGUAUUUUUUUUUAUAUUAUAUUUUGCUCAAGUUCUCAAAUAUUAUGACAAUCUCUGUCCUUUUUUUCUUCAAUAGGUACUAUACUAACAUAGGAUUCUCUGACAAUUUAUUAAUGUCAUUCAAAUUUUAUAGCUGAUAAGCCAAUGAUAAAAUGUUGAUAUUGCUUUAAAACAUUCAAAUUGUUCCAUAGCAAUGCUGAAAAGCCACUUGAAAAAGUUGAUAUUGCUAAAGACAAUUCAGUGAUUAGUACUUUAAAAAUUCUCAAAUAUCAUAUCAUUUGAAUUUUGAUGGAUUUUUAUAUUGCUUUACUCUUCAAAGACAGAAACUGCUCAAAAAUUGAAACAAAAAUCUCAAAUAUCGACAAUUAUAUUGUCAUUUGAAUUUUAAAAUAGCCAAUUAUAAAAUGUCAAUAUCGCUUUAAAGACAAUUGAGCGAUUACUACUUUAAAAAUUCUCAAAUAUCAUAUCAUUUGAAUUUUGAUGAAUUUUAAUAUUGCUUUACUUCACUUUUAUAAACUGAAGUAGGUCAGCUAAAGUAUCUUUGAUGUAGAAAUAUAUUUGAUUUUCUUUAUUAAUGAUAAUUGUCUUUGAAGUUGUAUAUUUACUACAACUGUAGCCUAUUGUAGAAUAAACAAUCUAGAUUGUGCUCAUUGAAACAAUUAUUGUUAUUACAUAAGAGCUGAAGUAUCAACUAAAGUAUCUCUGAAGUUGUAGAAAUAUAUGUGACUUUCUGUAUAGGUAAUGAUUAUCUUUGAAGUUUUAUAACUAAUAGAUUAAUUGUAUGAGCAACUACAUUGUUUAUUGUAUAUGGUACUAUAGUGUCAAUCAUCUCCUAUGCCUUGAACCGCUGUUUAGCCAAUCAAAACCUAUGUACAUUAUGGUCCACCAUUGGACUGUAAUCUUGAUAUUUCCACUCGAAUCGAGUUAGGUAGACCAUUUUUUGUCAAUUUGAGUCAAGCUGAAAUGUGAAUUCUUUUCUAAUAAAAAUUUGAUAUUGAUAAGCUCAUAA